UGCUACAGUUCUGCGCAUAACGUUUCACUUCGAAACGUUUCUACCACUUGAAUACUAAAACCUUAAAUAAGUAAGUUAUACUUAAUAGGUACUUCAGCACACGAACAGAAGCGAUAGAUUUUUUAUACUGACCGAGUGAGAAAAUCGAAAGCAAUCUACAGUGAAAUAUAUUUACCUCGCAAACACGUUUAAUCGUCAACCACUUAAGUGGUACUUUAUUCAAGAUUAAUAAAUAUUAAGAAAGAACACGAAUAUGUUUUAAAGAUAAUGCCCAAAUGGUCCGCGAUGAAAGUGAUCAUAGAAAUAAGCCAGAAGGUUAGAUAAAAUAAAAAUAAGUUUAAGGCGGAGAAAUGGCGCUGCUGCUGGAAAAUCGUCGCGGUUUGUAAGUAACACUUCUAUGCCAUAGUCUAUGCCCCCUAUAGAUCGUCAUCACCUGUGUGACAGUUCAUCCAAGAGCGGGGGUCAGCCGAUCACCCGCUCAAGAUCUUCAGUAUAUUGUAAUACCGAUUACCGCGGGAUGGGUGAUUCCUUGGAUGGCUCCGGGGAACCAUCCCCGGAGUCCCAAAUUGUUAUAGUGGUGGGAUAUUCGGAGUUUGCAAAUUAUUUAAAAAAGGUUGUGAUGGUUCUUCUACCCGACGAAGAAGUGGUACCACCCGCGCUAACUUCUGCUUUCGACGACAAGAACAAUCAAGAGUGUAUUAGAAAAUUCUUGAGCGAUUCUCAGGUGUGGGCUCUUUACGUACAAAGGAGUUCCAGCAAAGAGGAAGACAGUAAUGAAGGGGAUGAAGAAAAAGACAAUUCUGUUUUCUAUAUAUCAAAUGAGAUACAUUUUACUAAUCCUAAAAUGGCCUCCUUAGUUUUAACAAAACGUGGGGCAAUAGUAGAAGCUGAUAAGUCGAUUCAUUCGCAAGUACGAUUAAUUACUUUUUCGGAUGGGCCACCUUAUGAAACAUUACAUGCCAUUAGUAAAACUAUGGCUCCAUACUUUAAGAGUUAUGUGAAGGAAACUGGUCGUGCCGAUAGAGAUGGAGAUAAAAUGGCACCGACAGUUGAGAAAAAAAUAGCAGAAUUAGAAAUGGGAUUAUUACAUUUACAACAAAAUAUAGAUAUUCCUGAAAUUUCUUUACAAAUUCAUCCAACUGUUGCACAAGUAAUCAAACAAUGCACAGAAGAAAAUCGUAAGCCAAAAGUCGCAGAUUUUGGAGAUAAAGUUGAAGACUCUACGUUUCUGAAUCAAUUGCAGAAUGGCGUUAAUCGAUGGAUCAAAGAAAUUCAGAAGGUUACUAAACUGAAUCGAGACCCAGAGUCAGGUACAGCGCUUCAGGAGAUUUCGUUCUGGUUAAACUUAGAAAGGGCAUUACAUCGGAUACAAGAAAAAAGAGAAAGCAUAGAAAUUUCAUUAACAUUGGAUAUACUUAAACAUGGAAAGAGAUUCCAUGCCACAGUUAGUUUUGACACGGAUACUGGCCUACAACAAGCUUUGGCUACUGUCAAUGAUUACAAUCCGCUAAUGAAGGAUUUCCCAAUUAACGAUUUACUGUCAGCUACAGAACUCGAAAGAAUAGGAACCAGUGUUCAGCAGAUCUUUAUUCACUUUAGAAAAAUCAGAAGCACAAAAUAUCCUAUUCAAAGAGCGUUAAGAUUACUAGAAGCUAUAUCCAGAGAUCUUGGGCAACAGCUUCUAAAAGUACUAGGCACAAGAAGAUUAAUGCACAUUCCAUUUGAUGAGUUUGAAAAAGUUAUGGGACAAUGUUUCGAAGUGUUCACUACAUGGGACGACGAAUACGAAAAGUUAACUGGAUUGUUAAGAGAUCUUGUUAAAAAGAAACGCGACGAGCAUAUGAAAUUGUUAUGGAGGGUUUCGCUAACACAUAAAAAGUUGGAAAAUAGAAUGGAACAUAUGCGUCAUUUUCGUCUGCAGCAUGAACAGCUCAGGACAGUGAUUGUUCGUGUGCUUAGACCUACUGUUCAAACUAAUAAUACUACAACAAUGGAGACUCCUGAUAAUGACAAAGUCGAAUAUGCUCUCGAUGCAGCAGAUGCAAAUGCGAUUAGUGAAGUGAAUUUAGCAUAUGAGAACGUUAAAGAAAUAGAUUGUCUUGAUAUUAGUAAAGAGGGUCAGGAAUCUUGGAAAGCUGCCGUUUAUAGAUACGAAGAGCGCAUAGAACGAGUCGAAGCAAGAAUCACAGCACACCUGAGAGAUCAAUUGGGCACGGCGAAGAAUGCAAAUGAAAUGUUCCGAAUUUUUUCGCGUUUUAAUGCGCUUUUCGUGAGGCCGCACAUACGAGGCGCAAUUAGAGAAUAUCAAACGCAACUGAUACAAAGAGUCAAGGACGAUAUCGAAGCCUUACAUGAAAAAUUCAAGGUUCAGUAUGCACAAAGCAAAUGCUGUAAAAUGAGUACAGUCAGAGACUUGCCUCCCGUCGCCGGUUCCAUCAUUUGGGUCAAACAAAUAGAUUAUCAACUUACGAUGUACUUAAAACGGGUCGAAGACGUGUUAGGAAAAGGAUGGGAGUGUCACAUCGAGGGACAGAAAUUGAAAGCGGACGGGGAUAGUUUUCGCAUGAAGCUGUCGACUCAAGAAAUUUUCAACGAUUGGGCACGGAAAGUACAACAAAGAAAUCUCGGUGUCACCGGAAGAAUUUUCGCUAUAGAGAAUGUACGAUCGCGUACAAGCCGUGGCAACGUAUUGAAAUUAAAAGUGAAUUUUCUGCCUGAAAUUAUCACGUUAUCAAAGGAAGUAAGAAACUUGAGAAAUCUUGGUUUUCGUGUACCGUUGCCGAUCGUGAAUAAAGCGCAUUUGGCCAAUCAACUGUACCCGUUUGCGAUCAGCCUGAUCGACAGCAUCAGGACUUACGAGAGGACGCUGGAGAAGCUUACCAAUCGGAGUACCCACUGCCCCGCACUGAAGAUCGAAGACAAGGCCAGUAUCGUACCGUUAGUUGCUGGGAUGCGCAACGACGUCUUAUCACUUAUUUCCGAGGGUAUCGGGCUCAUCUGGGAAAGUUACAAGUUAGAUCCGUACGUGAAACGUCUCUCCGACGUUGUUGUUUCGUUCCAAGAGAAGGUGGAGGAUCUAGUGGUGGUCGAAGAACAACUAGACGUCGAUGUUCGUUCCCUCGAAACAUGUCCGUACUCGGCAAACACGUUCGCCGAUAUACUCACGAAAAUUCAAAGAGCCGUGGACGAACUGUCUUUAAAGAAUUAUUCGAACUUGAACAUCUGGGUGUCCAGACUCGACGAGGAAGUGGAAAAGAAUUUAGCGGCGAGAUUGGAAGCUGGGAUAAAAGCAUGGACCAAUGCGCUCACCGGUCAAAAGAAGGAAGUGGAUUUGAGUAUGGAUACCGAUGCUCCGUCUCAGCCUACUCACAAACCCGGCGGUGAUCCGAAGAUUCAGAACCAAAUUCACGAAGUUCGCAUAACGAACCAAACGAUGUACUUGUAUCCGAGCAUCGAGGACGCGAGAUUUCAGAUAAUGCAACAACUAUUCGCAUGGCAGGCCAUAGUCACGUCUCAGAUUCGGCUCCAGAGUUCAAGAUACCAAGUAGGUUUGGAUAAACCGGAAUCGGCAACUUACAGGAACUUACUCACAAAAUUGCCCAAUGGGAAACAACCAUUGGAAGCGGCUUACGAGGCGGUGGAAUCUAAAAUGAAAGAUGUCGCCGACUACGUGGACCAGUGGUUGCGUUAUCAGGCUCUUUGGGAUUUACAACCGGAUAAUCUGUAUGGAAAAUUGGGAGAGAACAUAAACCUGUGGAUGAAGUGUCUGAACGACAUUAAGAAAACUAGAACCACGUUCGACACGUCGGACACUAGGCGCGAAUUUGGCCCUGUUAUCAUCGACUAUGCGAAAGUGCAGAGCAAAGUAUCGUUGAAGUACGAUUCGUGGCACAAAGAGACGCUCGGUAAAUUCGGAACCCUCCUUGGCAAUGAAAUGGCAAGCUUCCACUCGCAAGUGUCGAAAUCUAGAAGCGGUUUGGAACAACAGUCCAUCGAAGCUGCUAGCACUUCCGACGCGGUUGGCCUGAUAACGUACGUCCAGUCUUUGAAACGCAAAAUGAAAGUGUGGGAGAAACAGGUGGAUAUAUACCGCGAGGGUCAGAGAAUAUUGGAGCGUCAGAGAUUCCAGUUCCCAUCCUCGUGGCUGCACGUAGACAACAUCGAAGGCGAAUGGGGCGCUUUCAAUGAGAUACUCAAGAGAAAGGACACGAGUAUACAGACGCAGGUGGCGUCGUUGCAAAUGAAGAUCGUCGCGGAGGACAAGGCCGUUGAAAUAAGGACCACUGAUUUCCUGAGCGAUUGGGAAAGAGGGAAGCCGGUCGAGGGUCACUUGCGACCGGACGAGGCGUUACAGCAGCUGCAAUUGUUUGAAAGUAAAUUCGCCAGAUUGAAAGAGGAGAGAGACAACGUGGCGAAGGCCAAGGAAGCUUUGGAACUGCAAGAACCCGGAGGUGUUUCGACCAGCGAGGACAGAAUGCAAGUUGUGUUCGAAGAGCUUCAAGACUUGAGAGGUGUCUGGUCAGAACUGUCAAAGAUAUGGGCUCAAAUCGACGAGACCCGAGAGAAGCCAUGGCUAUCUGUGCAACCAAGGAAACUGCGACAACAAUUGGACACGAUGAUGGCGCAAUUAAAGGAACUGCCUGCCAGGCUCAGACAGUACUCCUCCUAUGAAUACGUCAAGAAGAUGCUGCAGAGCUACACGAAAGUUAACAUGUUGAUCGUCGAGUUGAAAUCUGACGCCUUGAAGGAAAGACAUUGGAAGCAACUGACGAAACAGCUGCGUGUCAACUGGGUGUUGAGCGAACUCACUCUUGGUCAGGUUUGGGACGUGAAUCUUCAGAAGAACGAGGGUAUAGUAAAAGAUAUUAUCCUGGUUGCUCAGGGUGAAAUGGCGCUCGAGGAAUUCUUGAAGCAAGUCCGCGAGUCCUGGCAAACCUACGAACUGGAUUUGAUCAAUUACCAGAACAAAUGUAAACUGAUACGCGGCUGGGACGAUCUCUUCAACAAAGUUAAGGAGCACAUCAAUUCCGUGGCUGCGAUGAAAUUGUCGCCUUACUAUAAAGUGUUCGAGGAAGAGGCGCUGACUUGGGAAGAGAAAUUGAACCGGAUCAACGCGUUGUUCGACGUCUGGAUAGACGUGCAGAGACGGUGGGUCUACUUGGAGGGUAUUUUCUCGGGCAGCGCGGACAUUAAAACUCUACUGCCCGUCGAAACCUCUCGAUUCCAAAGCAUCAGCUCCGAGUUUCUUGGCCUGAUGAAGAAAGUGUCGAAAUCCCCGAUGGUCAUGGACGUCCUGAAUAUCCCAGGCGUGCAAAGGGCGUUGGAACGUUUAGCAGAUCUGCUAGGAAAAAUCCAGAAGGCUUUAGGAGAAUAUCUUGAGAGGGAGCGUACAUCGUUUCCUCGAUUUUACUUCGUUGGCGACGAGGACCUGCUCGAAAUCAUUGGUAACAGCAAGAACAUCGCAAGACUGCAGAAGCACUUUAAAAAGAUGUUCGCCGGUGUAGCAGCCAUUCUUCUGAACGACGACAACACCGUCAUCACUGGCGUGGCGUCUCGAGAAGGAGAAGAGGUGCUUUUCCAAACUCCAGUCUCUACCGUCGAUCAUCCGAAGAUCAACGAAUGGCUGACCCUUGUCGAGAAAGAAAUGAGAGUCACACUGGCGUCGAGCCUCGCGAGAGCGGUCCAAGAUAUCAAACAGUUCAAAGACGGCAAUAUGAAUCCACAAGCGUUCAUGACAUGGUGCGACAACUACCAGGCACAGAUCAUUGUCCUAGCUGCGCAGAUUUUAUGGUCGGAGGACGUUGAAGCCGCUCUGCACGAGGCGCAAACCGACCCGAGCAAAAAUCCAUUGGAGAGAGUAUUGACUCAAGUCGAAGGUACUUUGAACGUGUUGGCGGACUCCGUCUUGCAAGAACAGCCAGCUCUGAGGCGAAAGAAGCUGGAACAUCUGAUCAACGAGUUCGUGCAUAAGCGCACUGUAACGAGGAGAUUGAUCGCGAAUAAAGUCUCCAAUCCGAAAGCGUUCGAGUGGCUGUGCGAAAUGAGAUUCUACUUUGAUCCCAGGCAGACAGAAGUUUUACAGCAACUCACCAUACACAUGGCGAACGCGAAGUUCUUCUAUGGAUUCGAGUACUUGGGAGUGCAGGAUAGACUGGUGCAGACUCCUCUGACAGACAGGUGCUACCUGACCAUGACUCAAGCGUUGGAAGCUCGCCUCGGAGGUUCUCCGUUUGGUCCUGCUGGAACUGGAAAGACCGAGUCGGUGAAGGCUUUGGGUCACCAACUCGGACGAUUCGUGUUGGUUUUCAACUGCGACGAAACCUUCGAUUUUCAGGCCAUGGGUCGUAUCUUCGUCGGUCUCUGUCAAGUCGGCGCGUGGGGUUGCUUCGAUGAAUUCAAUCGUCUGGAGGAACGUAUGCUCUCAGCUGUCUCCCAACAAGUACAAACUAUUCAGGAGGCAUUGAAGAGUCAAAUGGAAGGGAAGAAAGAAGGAACCCUCUGCGUGGAAUUGGUCGGCAAGCAAGUCAAAGUCUCUACGGACAUGGCAAUCUUUAUCACCAUGAAUCCUGGCUAUGCCGGACGAUCGAAUCUUCCUGACAACUUGAAGAAAUUAUUCAGAUCCUUAGCUAUGACUACCCCGGACAGGCAGCUGAUAGCUGAAGUGAUGUUGUUCAGUCAAGGAUUUAGAUCGGCUGAAAAAUUGGCGUGUAAAAUAGUACCAUUCUUCAAACUGUGCGACGAACAACUGUCGGACCAAUCUCAUUACGAUUUCGGUCUUCGAGCGCUGAAAUCGGUACUGAUCUCCGCCGGCAAUGUAAAACGAGAUCGCAUACAGAAGAUUAAAGAGGGCAUGCAGAAUCGCGGCGAAACUAACAUCGACGAGGCAUCGAUAGCUGAGAAUCUGCCGGAGCAAGAGAUCCUUAUUCAGUCCGUUUGCGAGACGAUGGUACCGAAAUUGGUUGCCGAAGAUAUUCCGUUGUUGUUCAGUUUAUUGAACGACGUAUUCCCGAAUGUGAACUAUACUCGAGCCGAGAUGAAAGGAUUGAAGGAUCAAAUCAGGAAGGUGUGCAUGGAGGAGUAUCUCGUUUGCGGCGAGGGCGACGAACAGGGAGGUGCAUGGCAAGAGAAGGAAGUAGUCCGUGGGAGCUGGCUAGGAAAGGUACUCCAACUUUAUCAAAUUUGCAAUCUGAAUCACGGCUUGAUGAUGGUCGGGCCCAGCGGUUCCGGAAAGACGAUGGCCUGGAAGGUACUCUUGAAAGCUUUGGAACGGUUCGAGGGCGUGGAAGGCGUUGCGCACGUGAUCGACCCUAAAGCGAUCAGCAAGGAAACAUUGUACGGCGUGUUGGACCCGAAUACUCGUGAAUGGACGGACGGUCUGUUCACGCACAUCCUCAGAAAGAUUAUCGACAACGUGAGAGGAGAGAUAAACAAACGACAAUGGAUCAUAUUCGACGGCGAUGUCGAUCCGGAAUGGGUUGAAAAUUUGAAUUCCGUGUUGGAUGACAACAAGCUGUUGACUCUGCCGAAUGGCGAACGUCUCAGUCUGCCGCCGAACGUGAGGGUCAUGUUCGAAGUUCAAGACCUGAAGUAUGCCACGCUGGCCACCGUUUCCCGUUGCGGUAUGGUUUGGUUCUCCGAAGAUGUGCUCUCCACGGAGAUGAUAUUCGAGAAUUACAUGCUACGAUUAAGAAACAUUCCACUCGAGGACGGAGAAGAGGACAACCUCACGAAAAAGGCAUCGGAGAAAGAAGACACCGUCUCGCCCGCGUUAUCAGUGCAGAGAGAAGUUGCCAGCAUUUUGCAGAGCUACUUUGCUCCGGAUGGGCUGGUAGUGAGAUGCUUGGAAUACGCUAUGAAGCAAGAGCACAUAAUGGACUUCACGCGUUUGCGAGCGUUGAGUUCCUUGUUCUCCAUGCUGAAUCAAUCCGUGCGAAAUGUCCUGCAAUAUAAUCAUUCGCACACAGACUUUCCGUUGCCGAGCGAACAGCUGGAGCGUUACAUGCCAAAGUGUUUGGUGUACGCUUUAUUGUGGAGUUUCGCUGGAGAUGCCAAGCUUAAGGUUAGGUCUGACUUGGGAGACUUUGUCAGGUCUAUCACGACUGUGCCACUGCCAACGCAAAAUAACAUUCCCAUCAUAGACUUCGAAGUGAGUAUUCACGGCGAAUGGUUGCCGUGGAGCAACAAAGUACCGCAGAUCGAGGUGGAGACACACAAGGUCGCGAGUCCUGAUAUCGUCGUACCAACUCUGGACACUGUGAGGCACGAGAGCUUGCUGUACACGUGGCUGGCAGAGCACAAACCAAUCGUGCUUUGUGGGCCACCGGGUUCCGGCAAAACCAUGACACUGUUCUCCGCCCUGCGAGCAUUACCGGACAUGGAGGUUGUCGGCCUGAACUUCUCGUCUGCCACCACUCCCGAGUUGCUGCUCAAGACGUUCGACCAUUACUGCGAGUAUCGAAAGACUCCGAACGGCGUGGUUCUCUCGCCGGUGCAACUGGGCAAAUGGCUGGUUCUAUUCUGCGACGAGAUCAAUUUACCCGACAUGGAUAACUACGGAACGCAACGCGUGAUCUCGUUCUUGAGACAGCUCGUGGAGCACAGAGGCUUUUAUCGAACCAGCGACCAGGCCUGGGUCACUUUAGAAAGAAUACAGUUUGUCGGUGCUUGCAAUCCUCCGACAGAUCCGGGCAGAAAGCCGCUGAGCCACAGAUUCUUGCGACACGUUCCAGUGAUCUAUGUCGACUAUCCGGGAGAGACUUCGUUGAAGCAGAUCUACGGUACAUUUACUCGCGCCAUGCUUCGAUUAACACCUUCAUUGAGGGGCUACGCGGAGUCAUUGACGAAUGCAAUGGUAGAGUUCUACCUGGCUUCACAGGAGAGAUUCACUCAGGACAUGCAACCUCAUUACGUGUAUUCCCCGCGCGAGAUGACCAGAUGGGUCCGAGGAAUUUGCGAAGCUAUCAGACCUCUCGAUAACCUGUCGGUUGAAGGACUCGUGCGACUGUGGGCCCACGAGGCUCUUCGCCUCUUCCAAGACAGAUUGGUGGAAGACUCCGAAAGAGCUUGGACAAACAAGAACAUAGACACCGUCGCUAUGAGACACUUCAUGAACGUCGACAGAGAGAAAGCGCUGGCCAGGCCCAUUUUGUACAGCAAUUGGCUAUCCAAAGACUACGUGCCGGUGAACAGGCAAGAGUUACGUGACUACGUCAGGGCAAGAUUGAAAGUGUUCUACGAGGAAGAAUUAGACGUGCCUUUGGUACUGUUCGACGAAGUUCUCGAACACGUUCUACGAAUUGACAGAAUUUUCCGUCAGCCUCAGGGACAUUUAUUGCUGAUCGGUGUCUCUGGCGCUGGUAAGACAACUCUGUCCAGAUUCGUUGCGUGGAUGAACGGUUUAUCGAUAUUCCAAAUAAAGGUGCACAACAAGUACACCGGCGAAGACUUCGACGAGGAUUUGCGACAAGUACUGAGACGUUCCGGUUGCAAGGAUGAGAAGAUAGCGUUUAUACUCGACGAAUCGAACGUGUUGGAUUCCGGGUUCCUCGAGCGCAUGAACACGUUGCUGGCGAACGGAGAGGUGCCAGGACUGUUCGAGGGCGACGAAUAUACCACGCUGAUGACGCAGUGCAAAGAAGGAGCGCAGCGCGAGGGUCUGAUGCUGGACUCCAACGAGGAGCUGUACAAGUGGUUCACUGGUCAAGUUAUGAAGAACUUGCACGUGGUGUUCACCAUGAAUCCCAGUACAGACGGUCUUAAAGACCGGGCCGCGACGUCGCCCGCUCUGUUCAACAGAUGCGUGUUGAACUGGUUCGGUGACUGGUCCGACGAUGCGCUUUUCCAAGUUGGAAAAGAAUUCACCAGUCGCGUGGACUUGGAGAGACCAGCGUGGAAGUGUCCCGACUUCUUCCCGUCCGUGUGCUCGUUGAUACCGUCGCAGCCGUCACACAGGGACGCCGUGAUCAACGCAUGUGUGUACGUGCAUCAGACGUUGCACAAAGCCAACGCGAGGCUCGCGAAACGCGGCAGUAGGACUAUGGCGAUCACGCCGCGUCAUUACCUCGACUUCAUCAAUCAUUUCGUGAAGCUGUACCAAGAGAAGAGGAGCGACCUGGAGGAGCAACAGUUACAUCUGAACGUCGGUCUGAGCAAAAUCGCGGAGACGGUGGAGCAGGUGGAAGAAAUGCAGAAGAGCUUGGCCAUCAAAUCUCAGGAGCUGCACGCCAAGAACGAAGCCGCCAACGCGAAACUGAAGCAAAUGAUUAUGGACCAGCAAGAGGCGGAAAUGAAGAAGCUGCAGAGUCAAGAGAUUCAACUGCAAUUGUCAGUGCAAACGUUGGCUAUCAAUCAGAAGAGGGACGAUGUGAUGGCCGACCUGGCGCAAGUCGAACCGGCUGUCAUCGACGCGCAGAACGCGGUGAAGUCGAUAAAGAAACAACAUUUAGUCGAAGUUCGGUCCAUGGCAAAUCCGCCAGCUAUCGUGAAGGUCGCGUUGGAGUCUAUCUGUUUAUUGCUUGGUGAAAAUGCCAGUGAUUGGAAAUCGAUCCGUGCUGUGAUCAUGAGGGACAAUUUUAUCAAUACUAUUGUCUCUAAUUUCAGUACCGAGGAUAUUACGGACGAAGUUAGAGAAAAGAUGAAGAGUCGAUACUUGAGCAAUCCCGAUUAUAACUUUGAAAAAGUCAACCGAGCCAGCUUGGCUUGCGGGCCUCUCGUUAAAUGGGCUACCGCGCAGAUCGAGUACGCGGAUAUGUUGAAACGCGUCGAGCCGUUGAGGGAAGAGCUCUAUUCUUUGGAACGACAGGCCGAAACGAAUAAACAGAAGGGCGAAGAAGUGAAGAAUUUGAUCACGCAAAUGGAGCAGAGUAUAGCCUCGUACAAGGAGGAAUACGCUCAGUUGAUUUCUCAGGCGCAAGCCAUCAAAGCUGAUUUGGAGAGUGUUCAGGCGAAAGUGGAUCGUUCCAUUGCUUUACUGAAGUCGCUGGUCAUCGAAAGGGAACGAUGGGAAGCCACCAGCGAAACCUUCAAGAGCCAGAUGUCUACCAUCAUUGGGGAUGUUCUAUUGUCCUCCGCUUUUCUGGCUUAUGCAGGAUAUUUCGAUCAACACUACCGACAAAAUCUAUUCAGCACCUGGUGUCAACAUUUACACCUAGCAAAUCUACAAUUCCGAGCAGACAUUGCGAGAACCGAAUACCUCUCGAACCCCGACGAGCGGCUCAGAUGGCAAGCAAAUGCUCUACCGACAGACGACCUCUGCACCGAAAAUGCUAUUAUGUUGAAGCGAUUCAAUAGAUACCCGUUGAUCAUAGAUCCGUCCGGUCAAGCAACCGAGUUUAUAAUGAACGAAUUCAAGGACCGUAAAAUUACGAAGACCAGCUUCUUGGAUGACUCGUUUAGAAAGAAUCUGGAAAGCGCGCUGCGCUUCGGUAAUCCUCUGUUGGUACAAGACGUCGAGAAUUACGAUCCUAUACUGAAUCCUGUAUUGAACAGAGAAUUAAGGAGAACAGGUGGACGAGUAUUGAUCACUCUUGGUGAUCAAGACAUCGAUCUCUCGCCAUCCUUCGUCAUUUUCUUGUCCACGAGAGAUCCAACGGUCGAAUUUCCGCCAGACAUUUGUUCUCGCGUUACCUUCGUCAACUUCACUGUUACCAGAAGCUCGUUGCAGAGUCAGUGUUUGAAUCAGGUGCUCAAAGCUGAACGGCCAGACAUUGAUGAGAAACGGUCUGACCUAUUGAAACUGCAAGGUGAAUUCCAUCUGCGACUGAGGCAACUCGAGAAGUCUUUGCUGCAAGCGCUGAAUGACGCCAAAGGAAAGAUUCUCGAUGACGACUCGGUGAUUACCACCCUGGAGACACUGAAGCAAGAAGCAGCCGAUAUUAGUAAGAAGGUCGAAGAGACGGACAAAGUAAUAGCAGAAAUCGAAACGGUUUCUCAGCAGUACAUGCCUCUGUCUCAAGCCUGCUCGAACAUGUAUUUCACAAUGGACAGCUUGAAUCAAGUACACUUCCUCUAUCAGUAUUCUCUGAAGAUGUUCCUGGACGUUUUCACGUCCGUGUUAUCUCAAAAUCCGAGGUUGUUCAAUAUAUCGGACUACACGCAGAGGUUAUCGGUAAUCACCAGCGACUUAUUCUCAGCCUGCUACGAGCGAAUUGCACGUGGAAUGUUGCACACCGAUAGAUUGACUUUCGCGUUGCUCCUGUGCAGAAUACAUCUGAAAGGAAUCACCGCGGAGUCGACGUACGACAGUGAAUUUACAUUCUUCCUGCGCGGCAAAGAGGGCGUUCUGAACGUCCGAGGACCUCUUCUGCCCAACUUGAGUUCCGAACAGCAAGAAGCCAUGAUGCGUUUGAGCCUUAGGCUGCCGGCUUUCAAGAAGUUGUCGGAGAAGAUUCAGGAGAACGAAGAGUUCAACUCGUGGCUGCAGUCGUCGACACCUGAAACCUGCGUGCCAAAACUCUGGGACGAAGAGAAGCCCCUAACACCGACAGGUACAGCUAUGCACCAGUUGCUGGUGAUACAAGCGUUCCGGCCGGACCGCGUGAUAGCCGCGGCGACUUUGGUCAUCACUUGUGCCUUGGGUGAAUCGUUUAUGGCUGCCGCAGAGGCGGAACUCGACUUUGCCUCUGUCGUCGAGAACGAGUUGAAGGCCACCGUGCCUGCUCUGCUGUGUUCAGUGCCUGGCUUCGAUGCCUCUGGCAGAGUCGACGACCUCGCUGCCGAAUCGGGCAAGCAGAUAGCCAGCAUCGCGAUAGGAUCCACAGAAGGAUUCAAUCAGGCUGACAGAGCGAUAAACAUGGCUGUCAAAGCCGGCAGAUGGGUAUUGUUGAAGAACGUUCAUUUGGCGCCGCAGUGGUUGGUGCAGCUUGAAAAGAAACUGCACAGUUUACAACCACAUGCUAGCUUCAGGCUCUUCCUAACUAUGGAGAUCAGUCCAAAGGUACCUGUCAAUCUCCUCAGAGCUGGUAGAAUAUUCGUGUUCGAACCACCGCCAGGCAUCAGAGCAAACCUGUUGCGAACGUUCAGCACUGUGCCUGCGUCAAGAAUGAUGAAGGCCCCUAACGAAAGGGCUCGCCUGUACUUCCUGCUCGCAUGGUUCCACGCUAUCGUCCAGGAACGUCUUCGUUACGCGCCGUUGGGAUGGGCCAAGCACUACGAGUUCAACGAGAGCGACCUGAGAGUAGCUUGCGACACUUUGGACACGUGGAUAGAGACCACUGCGAUGGGUCGAACCAACUUGCCGCCGGAGAAGGUGCCUUGGGAUGCUCUGGUGACGUUGCUCUCUCAAUGCAUAUACGGUGGCAAGAUAGACAAUGAUUUCGAUCAACGUUUACUGGCAUCCUUCCUUCGGAAACUGUUUACUCCGAGAUCAUUCGAGGCGGAUUUCGCGCUAGUCGCCAACAUCGACGGUAUACAAAGCAGCCAAAGACACAUUACCAUGCCGGAUGGUACCAGGCGGGAUCAUUUCCUGAAGUGGAUCGAAUCCCUGUCGGAUAGACAGACUCCUUCUUGGCUCGGGUUACCGAACAACGCUGAGAAAGUGUUGCUUACAACAAGAGGAACGGAUUUGGUAUCCAAGCUGUUGAAGAUGCAACAGCUGGAAGACGAGGACGAACUGGCCUAUUCUAACGAGGAAUCCUUGGAUACACCUAGGGAGGCAGAGGCUGACGGUCGGCCGUCGUGGAUGAGAACGUUGCACAAUUCGGCUUCAACGUGGUUGCAACUGCUUCCAAAGAAUUUGCCGACUUUGAGAAGAACCGUGGAGAACAUAAAGGAUCCGCUCUACAGAUAUUUCGAGAGGGAAGUUAACAGCGGUGCCAAAUUACUGCAGGAUGUGAUUCAUGACUUAGAAGACGUUGUCUUGAUCUGUCAGGGUAAGAAGAAGCAGACCAAUUAUCACAGAACCAUGUUAUCGGAGUUGGUGAAAGGUAUUUUACCUGUUGGUUGGAGGCGAUACACCGUUCCAAGAGGAUGCACCGUUAUACAGUGGAUAACAGAUUUUAGUCACAGGGUGUCGCAGUUGCAAGAAGUAUCACGGCUAGUGUCUCAAGGAGGAGCUAAAGAAAUCAAGAGUUUCCCCGUUUGGCUUGGAGGAUUAUUGAAUCCAGAAGCAUACAUUACAGCAACGAGACAAUGCAUAGCGCAAGCAAAUAGCUGGUCCCUGGAAGAGCUUCAGUUGGACGUGACUAUAGGAGACGGUGAUAACAUUGCAACCGACGACUGUUCGUUCGCAGUGACUGGCUUGAAGUUGCAAGGAGCGCAAUGCAAGGAUAAUCAGUUGUACUUGACCUCGACCAUUAUGACUGAUCUACCAGUUACCAUGUUGAGAUGGAUACGAUCCUCCACCGACGAGGUCCGAAAGGGGAAACUAUCUUUGCCGGUAUACCUUAACAGCACCCGUACCGAGUUGCUCUUUACUGUCGAUUUAAAUAUUGCUCCUAGUCAAGAUCCUCACAGUUUCUACGAGAGAGGAGUCGCUGUUCUUACAUCCACCGCUUUGAAUUAAUACAUUAUAAACUAGUUAAUUAUUUCGAGAGCGAGCCUCUCGAAUAAGUACUCCUGUAUCGAAAUCAGAUAUUUAAUGACUAACGUACCGAGAUACACUUAAUUUACAAUAAUUCUAAUUUGUGAAACAGCGUUCAGGCAUGGGCAAACCACGAUAUUCCCUUGGUCCUAAUGCUCUCCAAACAUAGCAUAAGAUUUCACGAAGAUAUUUAUUUAUCUGUCCGUUUCUAAUUAUUUAUGAACCAACGAUUUUAGUUGUACACUGAAUUUUCAUUUAAUUAGUACUCUAGAUGUUCACGUAGUUACGCGUACGAUUAUUAGUUGGAUAACCGUUUGCCCAUGACACCUGACGUAAAUCUCUAACGUAAUAAAUAUACAUUAUAUAUGUUUAAAGAAAAUUAUUUAAUGCAUCGAAAGGCUUUCUUUCUGCACGCUAUGCAAACGUGCAAUGAAAAGAAUCGUUCGAUCCGACGGUUAGCAUAAUAGAGGAAGAUGCAAGACGUCUGUCAGAGGAUUGUCGUUUCGAUAACGAGGUUGUAAUAUACAUAGUUUAUUUAGUUUUGUAUACGUUCGAAAAUGAAAGGCUUUUUGUAACAAAGUUACAUUACGUUUGCUUAAGUGUAAGUACUAAAGUACCAUUAGAAUUCAUAUUAUUUCAAUGGCAUCUAAUAAAAAAAAAACAAACUUACUGUGCUA